CCCUAGGGCGACACACCCACUUGACCUUCUGAAGCCAAAAACUAACUUCUCACAGUGCUAGUGCAGUAGACAGAGUCUCUUGUCUGGCGUUCCAGUCUCAUCCAGCAAGUAUAAUGAGCAGUACAGGUGCAGGUGUACCAGCCACAAUGAAGGCUCUGGUAAAGUCAGAGGAGGGGGUGUCUUAUGAGUACAAAGAGGUGCCUGUACCUGCUCCAGUUGGGGAUGAGCUGCUAGUGAAGGUGAGGAAGGUUGCCCUCUGUGGAUCGGAUAUCAGCCUCUAUCAGUGGAACACUGUUGCUCAAACAAUUGCUAACGUUCCCUUCACUCCUGGUCAUGAAAUGGUGGGAGAGAUAGUGUGUAUGGGUCCAGAGGUUCCUCCUGAGUACAGUAUCGGCAGGCGCGUGUGUGUGGAGAACCACUUCUACUGUGGCCACUGCUACCAGUGCACUCAUGAUCAAAGGCACAUUUGCCAAAACAUGGACCAGUUUGGGCAUGGAAAAGGAACAAUCUAUGGAGGAUGCUCUGAGUACACAAUCAUCCCAGCCAAGUAUGCCUACUUGCUGACCACAGACUUGACCGACUCACAAGCUGCCUUGUUGGAACCAUGUGGUGUGGCUCAUCAAGCACUGGAAUCCAUUGACCCUAAAGGAGAUGAUAUUCUUAUUCAAGGGUGUGGACCGGUUGGUCUGUUAGCUGUUGGUCUGGCAAAAGCUAUGGGAGCUACUAAAAUUCUUGCAGCAGAUAUUGUUGAAUCAAGGUUGGAAAUGGCCGUAAAAGCUGGAGCUAAUGUCAUCAUCAACUGCAAAAAAGAAAAUCUAAAAGAACGAGUUCUUCAAGAGACAGAUAAUAACGGUGUGGGGAGGCUACUCGAGGCUACAGGGUCUGCUGUGAUGGUCAAUCAGUGCUUUUCUCUAUUAAGGAAAGGUGGCUCUGUGGUACUAGUUGGACUGCCAAAGGCUCCAAUCCACAUCGAGCGUCCGUUGGAAGAUCUUGUGUUCCGGUCCAUUACUCUCAAGACUGUUCACGGACGGAAGAUCUUUCACACUUGGAGGGAGAUUGAGCGCAUUGUCUCGAAAGGCCUGAUAUUGACGGAUCCAUUGGUGACUCAUGAUAUCCCAAUGAGCAAGUAUGAAGAGGCGUUCAAAGUGCUCAUGAGUGGUGAAGGAUGCAAGAUUUGUAUGACUCCGGGACAGUAACAGCUAGCUAUAGCACUGGACCACGUUCCAUGUUUUGUAGGGAUUUGUGCACUUUCAAGUAAAGUUGACGUACCAUA